UUUGUUUUGGAAGCAGCAACCGCCAAACCUCAAAUGCAGCACUGAGAACGCAGUGUGUGAGUGAUACAGACAGUUGAAAAAAUGGACAUAGACGAGGUCGAAGCCACGGGCAAACUCCCUUCUCGAGUCACCAAAUUCGCGCCAAAAUCCUCCAAGCCUAAAACCAAACCUAAACCCCCAUCCGAACCUCACCUACAACCUAAACCUGAACCCCAACCACCACCCCCCUUCAAACCAGAGCCACAGGAAUUCGCAGCCAAGAAGGAAGAUGUUGACGAAAUUGUCGCACCAACAACUCACACGAAGCCCGAGCCCAACCACACCGCCAAUACCGAGCUGGCACCCAAGUCCGAGGCCCAAGAUGAAACUGACCAAGUCGAUUCCAUGUCCCUGGAUCUUCCGGAAGAAACCGCCGAGGACACCGUCGUUCGCGAAUUCGACGUCUUCUUUGGUCCUUCUGUCGAUGCUGCCACUCAGUUAUACGUUUUGCAAUAUCCGUUGAGACCGCGCUGGCGGCCAUAUGAGCUAGAAGAACGAUGCGAAGAGGUAAGGUUGAAUCCUAAGAGUUCAAACAUGGAGAUUGAUUUAUCUGUUGAUUUGGACUCAAGUAAUAUUGACACUGAGACUGCUAGCAGAUUCAACUUCACUAAGCAGACUUUAGCAACUAAGUGGAAUCCAUCUUCUGCAAACUGCUAUGCUGUUGGACUUCUCAAGGGUGAUAAGUUCCAACUGCAUCCAGUUAAUGCAGUUGUGCAGCUUCGACCAGCAUUUCAUCACCUACAUUCUGGUGGUUCAAAAAGAAAGAACCAGGUCUCCACUGGGGAAAAUGCCACUGUCAAAAUUGAGGGGUCAAUUGAAGAAAAAUCUGCUGCUGCACCAAAAAAGCAGAAUAAGCAGACGGAGUUAUCACUUGGGAAACAGAGUGAUGACGAUGAGGGCUGGGUUGCUCUCAAGUACCAUAGCUGCAAGAGUGAUAUCUCGUCUCGAUAUUUAGAUCAAAUGAUGAUGCACGAAAGUCAUCCCAUUAAAUUUACAAUGGAUGUUGAUGACUAUGUAACUGCACUAUGUCCUGGAGUGAACAACAUCUCUUCUAAAAGGCAUCUUUUAUCAUUGCCCGUGGAAGAACGUCUUAAGAAAUUGCUUGUUGAGGACCCUCCAUUUCGCCGAUUCAGUGCUAUUAAGCAUUUUGCUCGUGAGUACUCGGAUGAGGAACUUGCGGAAUUCCUGCACAAGCACGCAAUAUUAAUUCAGGGGUUCUGGACUGCUAAAAGUAAAUUGCUUUCUCUUAAGGAUGAUUCUGGUAUUGGAGAAUUAGCUAGAGACUUUGUCAUACUAUUGUUUAGCAAGAGUUUGAGAGUUCAGGCUUCAGAUCUGAAUCUGGGAGGCAAAGUUGGUAAUGUUUUAAAAGAAUGGCUGAAUAAAUUUGGUUUGGAAGGAUGUGAUCCACUUAAAUCUGGCGGAACUCUUUAUUGGAAGUUCCCAGAGGUUCCUGAUGAUUCAUUUAAAAAACGUCAUCCAAAUGUUGCGGAAAGACAAGAGGAAAUGUUGAAAAAUUUGGAAGCAAAACUAUCUGAUUUUGGAAGGCGUGUUAUUGUUGCAAAGCGGAAGUUUGAUAAAGAUGGUGUAGCAAGCCAACACAUCAAGAGUGAGCUUGUCAAAUCAGCAAAGUCUGAGCAGGUAACUAGUUUGAGCGGAGCGUCUUCUGGGAGGAUGACCAUGUCAAAUGCAACUAGACAAGCACUGCUAGUUGCCAUCACAAAACUUCUACAGACUCACAGAGUCUGCAGCCUCCAAAUGAUGCGUCAAAGAUUGCGUGAAAUGGCAAUCUCCACAAGUCUUCUUUCAAAGACAGAAUCAAAAGUUGCUAGUGAUGCAAUGGUUGGUUUCGAGGGUCCACAAGAAGAGCUGAAGGCUGUCAUAAGCGAAGUUGCAUAUGAUAUCCACGGUUCUUAUGUUCUGAAAGUACAGGAAGACCCAUUUAGAGAUGUUGUAAUCACAUUGCUUCGUGGAAAAUCUGAUGGCAAGUUGAAGAAGGCUGAAAUAUGUGCAGCUGCAACAGCAACACUUAAUAGAGAAGUCACAAGCAAUGAAUAUACCAGGGUCAUGAGUGAGCUGUGUGUCUCAAAAGGUUCUUAUUGGCAUUUGAAAAGCGGUGAUGGAAGUAUGCAAUGAGCUGUAGGUUCUACUGAGUAGGUUGACCAAAUAUUUUACUGAUUUCGUCCUGCUACCUUCAUCUUCAUGUAUGUACCUUCUUUUUCCUUUUGGUGUUGGGACGGGGCGAAAGAUUCGUUGGGUUGAACAUAAGCGAUUAAACGCUGCUUCUUUUUGCUCGGAAAAAAAAGAGAUAUAGUUCUUGGUUACACACGAAUA